CUCUGACAGAAAAGUUACAUAAAGCAUCUUUAAAUGAAAUAGUGUAAACAUUUUUUGUACAGACUCCAGUGAUGGCUUUCAUUGCGGUGCUUGUGUUGUCACUGGUUUGCCAAUGUUGGACUGCACCAUAUAGGAGGAACUGGACCCCUCAGGCUAUGUUAUAUUUAAAAGGAGCACAGAGACAUCGUUCAGUUGUGGAGCGUAGGAGUAACAAUGCAGCCGCUUUACCUGAUGUGAUGUACCGUGAAAGCAAUGAUGAUGAACUGAGGAUCUCACCUAGAAUAUUCAAUCUCCUGAGAAUGAUUGAACAAGGUGGCAUUGAUCCAUAUGACUAUCUCCACGAUUCACUGUAACUGCUGUUUGUUCCUUUACAAAACUCAGUGUAAAUUAAGUAUGUUUCUUGAGAAUAAACUCCACCUUGCUUCUCACUGGGUUUAAUGAG